GGGACAAGACUAAAUGAUCCCUGGGUGUUUCCUCAUAAAUCUUGCAUUCAUUUAUUCUGCGUUAUCCUGCAGAAUGAAUAAGUUUAUGUGUGAGCAUAGGGCAGCCAGCCAGCUUUGCCUUCUCAUUGUUUUUUCCUUUUUCUACCUCCUGGAAAUCCGAGUCAAAGUUAGGAGGUAUCACUUGACUUAAAGCAUUCUCCACUGAACCUCUCUGCCAUAGCCCAGCCCUCUUCUGAGGGGUUGGUCUGGGUUACAUUCUUCUGACAUUUUACUUGGAGAGAAGAAAAGUAAAGAAAGGGGCAUCGGCUGAACAAGUUGAACCACUCAGUGGAAGAGGCAUUGCAGAUAAGAAGAAACUGAAGGACUUCCCAUAGGCGUGAGGGAAAUUGCAUACGCCAUCCGGAGAAGGGGGCCAGGAAAUGGCUUCUUGUUUUCCAGACAGCUCCUGAUCUCCCUUCUAUGGCACUGUGAAAGCCAGAGGGCUGGCUGCACAGCCAGGGGAGACACCCAGUUCGAAACUGGUCUUUUGCCGGAGGAGAUUUAUACUGCUGAAAAUUGUAGCCAUGAGUCCUACAAGGAAUUCUUAUUGUCAGUGAUUUCCUCUGAGGAGGAAACAGAGCAAAUGACAUCUUAGUUGAAAACAGGACUUAGAUCAACACCAACGAAGAUUAAGAAUCUCAUUUUGGCCCAGCAACAGUGUUGGACAGGCCAUACCACAAACCUGAAGACAUGAAUUCCCCAGGGGGAUCAAUUUUCUGUUUUGUGUUCCUGAUUGUGACUUACUCUUCUCAAGCUGCACUGAACUUGAAUCUUGAAUCCAUUGUCCAUUCUUUGAUCCACCAAGGCCAUGGACUAGAAGGCAAGAACUAUAGGGAAGAAUCUCUAAGACACAAACGACAUGUGGCCACAAGCAGCCCUGCACCACAAGAAUAUGACAUUGAGAUUGAGAUAAGUUUUGAAAAUGCAUCCUUCCUGGAGUCUUUCAAAUCUUACUUAAAAAACCUCAGUUUUCCAAUUCCAGGGAUAAAUGCAAACCUGAGCACCGACAUUUUAAGCAUGAAAGUUACAACAGUAUGCAGGCCCAAUGGAAAUGAGACUUUUUGUUCCUGUGAAAGUGGAUAUAAGUGGCUCCCUGAAGUGUGCCUCAGUAACCUUACUUGUCAAAGCUAUCACAACUCAGCCCCAGAAGACUGUAGCUGCCUCAAGGAAAUGCCUGCCAAGGGACCCUAUUGUCAGCAAAUCAUUCUCAAAGAUAUUACACUAAGGAUGUCAGUCAUACUCAAGAUGGACUUUCAGGAUGACCUCAAGAACUCCUCCUCUGCCCUGUAUAGGUCAUACAAAACGGAUUUGGAAAGAGCGUUCUGGGAAGGUUACCGUAUUUUACCAGGCUUCAAAUCAGUGAUGAUUAUAGGCUUCCGGCCUGGGAGUAUUGUUGUUGACUACAAUAUCCAAGCAUCAAAACCAACGCCAACACAAAUGAAUGAAGCAAAUGAUCGAGUCAAGACACUGAUCAAUUCAACAUAUAGAAUGGAUGCCCUCUCCUUUGAAGCAGCUCCUAAUAAUGAAACAAAAUUCUCCAUUGACCCAGAAAUCAUAUAUGAAGGGGAUAAAGUGACGAUGAAGUGUGAAAAUGAAGUGCAGUCAACUAAUGUAACCUGGCGCCAUCUUGAAAGGGCUACAGAAAUUCAGAACAGCAGUGGAUUUUCAAUUUACACUUAUCUGAACCACCAAGUUUCAAUAUCAAUUCUCACUAUUUAUAAUAUUUCUUUAAUUGAUGCUGGUGACUAUGUCUGUACGCUAACAUAUGACAUUUUUGAAUAUGAAGGCCAGAAAAAAAUCAAAGUGAUUUCCACAGAAAUUGAAGCAUCAGAAGACCUGAAAGUAAUGUGUGACAAUAAUCCUGUAUCUUUGAGUUGUUGCACAAGGAAAGAUUUUAAUUUGAGUAAUAUUGAAUGGAAUCACAAGGGACUGAUAAGCAUUCCAGGAAUCAGCUCCACAGAUUCCGGGUGCAGUAAACAUACCAUCAAGGCUGAUGGUACCCAAUGUUUAAGUGGGUCAGCUGGGACAGAGGUAUUUUACAUAUGCAGUUUCCACAGUGGCAAUGGAGCCAGUAGCAACAGGAAGAUAAAAGUCACAUUUACAUCUGUGGCCAAUCUGACAGUAACUCCAGACCAGAUUGCUAUUUCUGAAGGACAGAAUUUCUCCAUAAAAUGCAUCAGUGAUGUGAGUAGCUAUGACUCUGUAUUCUGGAACACUUCAGCUGGAACCAAAAUAAAUCCAAAGUUUUAUGUCACCAAGAGAUAUCCUGAUAGAGCUGAAUCAGUGCUUACUGUAAACACUGCAACAAAAGAAUGGAAUGGGGUUUAUCACUGCAUAUUUAGGUAUAAGAGCUCAUACAGCAUAGCCACAAAGAAUGUUACAGUUUACCCAUUGCCUCUGAAACAUGACAUCCUGCUGGAUCCUUUGGAAGCUGAUAUUCCCUGUGGGGGCAUCUGUCACUUACGUUGUUGCAUAAAUGAGGAUACAGACUACAAAGUUACUUUUCAAAUUGAUGGCUUGUCCUUUCCUGCUGCAAAAGAAGUUCAAGGAAACCGAGUCUGCUAUGAAUACAGUUUAAUGGCAAACACAACUGCCUGGUGUUCCAAAACAGUUCAGGCAUCUUGUACCUUCAUCAAUUUAGUCAAUGAAUCAGUUCAGAGUGCACCUGUGACUCUUCACUUAGUCCCUGAGGAGAACAUCACCUGCCAAGAUCCCAUCAUAGGCAAUGGUGAGCCAGGGAAAAUGAUUCAGAAAUUGUGCCAGUUUUCAAAGAUUCCUAACAAGUCAAACCAUCGAGUGGGUGGAACCAUCACUUAUAUAUGUGAAGGCUCUACAUGGAAAGUAAAGAGCAACAAUUGCAUUGCUGCACCAAUCAAUAAUUUGCUUGGCUUGGCAAAGGCUUUGCUUAUGAGCCCUGAGCAAGAAGAGAAACUGUUAACAUAUGUUCAAGAUCUGUCAAGUAGUACUGGGAAAGUGCAAAAUGAGAUCAAAUCAUCACCUGGAAACUUGAAGGCCAUUAUUACCAUCCUGGAAUUGCUAUCAACAGUCCCAACCCAAGUGAAUACAGAUAUAAUGACACACGUGCUCUCUACAGUUAAUGUCAUUCUUGGCAAACCUAUAUUGAGCACCUGGCAAGUUCUGCAUCAGCAACAGGCCAAUGAGAGCUCCAGGUUAUUGGAUUCUGUGGAGAGAUUCUCCAGAGUGCUGCAUGAGGGGGUCAGUGCCAUUCCUUCCAUCACUCAUGCUAAUGUGCAAAUGAGGGGCGUCGUGACUACGGCCGCACACAUGACAGACUAUGACCAGCACUUUCUCUUUCCCGAUUCCAAUCUCUGGGGCCAGGUAAUCAUCGAUAGGCAUCAGAUAGAAAACCUGGAGCCAAAUUCAUCCAUUGUCACCGUAGCUUACCCAACACUAAAAGCUAUCCUGCCCCAGAGUGUCCAGGACAAGAACUACGUGAAUGGGUUGGUGAUGACCACCACCGUGAGCCAGGGGGUGACAAUGCCAUUCAAGAUUUCUAUGAAGUUUAAGAAAAAUGACCUGUCAUUGGUGGCCCCCCAAUGUGUUUUCUGGAACUAUCACCUCUCCAACCACACGGGGGGAUGGGACAACAGCGGAUGCUAUGUUGAACAAAUGAAAGAUGACAGUGUCUUCUGUACCUGUAAUCACUUAACCUCAUUUUCCAUCCUGAUGUCCCCUGAUUCUCCCGAUCCCAGCUCCCUCCUAAAAAUACUGCUGGAUAUCAUUUCUUAUAUCGGCCUAGGUUUUUCCAUCUUGAGUCUAGCAGCCUGUCUUGUUGUUGAAGCUUUUGUCUGGAAAUCAGUGACCAAAAACCGAACCUCUUACAUGCGCCAUGUUUGCAUUGUGAACAUUGCAGCCUCCCUCCUGAUUGCUGACUGCUGGUUCAUCGUGUCUGCCGCCAUUCAUGAUCAGCGCUACCUAUUCAGUGAAACAGCAUGUGUGGCUGCCACCUUCUUUAUUCACUUCUUUUAUCUCAGUGUCUUCUUCUGGAUGUUGACCCUGGGUCUCAUGCUUUUCUACCGCUUGGUCUUCAUCCUCCACGACACAAGCAAGUCUAUCCAGAAGACGAUUGCCUUCUCCCUGGGCUAUGGCUGCCCACUGAUCAUCUCCAUCAUUACAGUGGGGGUCACCCAGCCAAAGGAUGUGUAUAUGAGGAAAAAUGCUUGCUGGCUCAACUGGGAUGACACAAAGGCCCUCCUGGCUUUUGUGAUUCCUGCAUUGAUCAUUGUGGUGAUAAAUGUCACCAUAACAUUUGUGGUCAUCACCAAAAUCCUGAGGCCUUCCAUUGGGGACAAGCCAAGCAUUCAGGAGAAGAACAGUCUGUUUCAGAUCAGCAAGAGUAUUGGUGUCCUCACUCCCCUGCUAGGACUCACCUGGGGCUUUGGACUGGCCACUGUAUUCCAGGGAAGCAGUGCUGUGUUCCACAUUGUUUUUACCCUACUGAAUGCUUUCCAAGGAUUAUUCAUUUUGUUAUUUGGAUGCCUCUGGGACAAGAAGGUACAGGAAGCUCUGCUGCAUAAAUUCUCCCUAUCCAGAUGGUCUUCACAGCACACAAAGUCAACAUCUCUGGCUUCAUCCACUCCUGUGUUUUCCAUGAGUUCUCCAAUAUCAAGAAGAUUUAAUAAUUUGUUUGGUAAAACAGGAACUUACAACGUGUCAACCCCAGAAACAACCAGCUCAUCUGUGGAAAACUCAUCCAGCGCUUAUUCUUUACUUAACUGAAAACAGAAAACCAGAUUUGCGUAACUUCUGGGAACAAUGGACUUUGCCACUCAUUGACAAGCUCCAGAAAGGGAGACACCUGUAAAACAGUUCUUUGUAAAACAUCCUCUCCCUCAAGACCUUAUGGCACGGACUUUUGCACUAGCGAAGAGGUCACACUAAAUUGUGUAAAGACUUUGACUACAAGUGGUUUUAUUGUUUACUUUUGACUUUUUUCUUCUUUGAAAUGAUCCCUAAUUUGUACAGUAUUUAAAUGAUCACAUAUGUCGCCCAAAACCUAGCUUCUUCUCUGGCUUGAAUGUGAAUUAAGGUCUUUCAGAGACAUUGUCAUGGUUCCCAGUUUGGAUCUGAUGCUGUUUUGCUUAAAAUAAUAGGGACUAAAGAAUUAACACAAAAAAAAUUGUGACUUUUUUACUCAAUAAGAACAGUUUUAUAUUCCAAUGUAUGUCAUAUGCUACAAAUACUGGAAUUUCAAAAAGACUAGACAUUGAAAACAGAAAGCAAGCUUUAGUAAAGAUUUCCCAAAUCAGUUGCUAAUGCAAUCUGUGUAAAGAAAAAAAAAUAUUAAUUUUUUAGAAUUUAAAGAGACAGGAAAGUCUCUUUAAAGAGACAGGUAAAGAACCAGGUAAAGUAGAAUGGAAAUGACAUCACAAAAAUCCUUUCAUUUAGAAUAUCUAAUUUACCAGGAAAAAAGAAGAAAUUUAUGACUCCCUUAAUAGCCUUCUUAUGUUUUGAGGUUUUAGUUUUAAAGAGAAAAGGGCAAGGGAAACUCUGAGAUUAUUCUUUUGUAAACCCUAGCACAGAGCUGUAACUAAAGCAUGGUGACUGGAGCUUUGUCCCAAGGUGUCAAAAUUAGAGGAUACUUAGAGUGUCAUUCUAUAGCAUGUUUUUUUACCUUUUUCCUUUCCUAACCCCACUGCCAAAGUUGCAGUUUUUUGCCCUUCCUCCCAUUUCAGCAACUUGCAAAACUUCCUUCCCUCAGGUGAGCCUACCCUCUUCCCAACUUGUCCCAGGUACAGAAAUGAUUAGUUAUAGUUCAACCCAAGCAAAAACUAAUUAUUGGUCAAAUUAAGUGAGCUUGUAAGACAAGUCAAGUUGUAAAGAUGCUCAUUGAGACCUUUCUUUGAAAUGUGUCCCAAUGAUCUGGAAUUUUCUGAUUUCUAAAUUUUAUUAUUGCACUGGAAAUAAAUUCAUAUUCUGAUUAUUUAAGA